GGUGCCGGCUUGGGACCGGACGCCGGUCGGCGCGCAGGCUCCGGUCGCGGCCGCUUGGAACUUGCGGAGCGGUUCUGCAGCCAGUGCCUCGGCCUCCGGAUCCGGUGCGUCCGGCUGCGGGAGACCGGCUCGAGUGGGAGGCCGGCGGAGGNGCGGCGCGGCCCGGCCCGGCCCGGCCCCGGGGCCGCAGCCUUCGCAGGCGCUCGCCGCCAGCCGCGCCUUCGCAGAGUACUCCAUGCAUCCGGAGCCUGCCCCGCCCCCGAGUCACAGCAAUCCCGAGCUUCCCGUGAGCGGCGGCAGCAGCACUAGCGGCAGCCGCCGGAGCCGCCGCCGCAGCGGGGACGGGGAGCCCUCGGGGGCCCCACCGCUGCCGCCGCCGCCACCCGCCGUCAGCUACCCGGACUGGAUCGGCCAGAGUUACUCCGAGGUGAUGAGCCUCAACGAGCACUCGAUGCAGGCGCUGUCCUGGCGCAAGCUCUACUUGAGCCGAGCCAAGCUCAAAGCCUCCAGCCGGACCUCCGCUCUGCUCUCCGGCUUCGCCAUGGUAGCGAUGGUCGAAGUCCAGCUGGACACGGACCAUGACUACCCACCAGGGUUGCUCAUCGUCUUUAGUGCCUGCACCACAGUGCUGGUGGCCGUGCACCUGUUUGCCCUCAUGAUCAGCACCUGCAUCCUGCCCAACAUCGAGGCUGUGAGCAACGUCCACAACCUCAACUCGGUCAAAGAGUCGCCCCACGAGCGCAUGCACCGCCACAUUGAGCUGGCCUGGGCCUUCUCCACGGUCAUCGGGACGCUGCUUUUCCUAGCGGAGGUCGUGCUGCUCUGCUGGGUCAAGUUCUUGCCUCUCAAGAGGCAAGCGGGACAGCCAAGCCCCACCAAGCCUCCCGCUGAAUCAGUCAUCGUCUCCAACCACAGCGACAGCAGCGGCAUCACCCCGGGUGAGGCAGCAGCCAUCGCCUCCACCGCCAUCAUGGUUCCCUGUGGCCUGGUUUUUAUCGUCUUUGCCGUUCACUUCUACCGCUCCCUGGUCAGCCAUAAGACGGACCGGCAGUUCCAGGAGCUCAAUGAGCUGGCCGAGUUUGCCCGCUUGCAGGACCAGCUGGACCACAGAGGGGACCAUUCUCUAACACCGGGCACCCACUAUGCCUAAGUCCUCACCUUCCCACUGGCCUUUUGAGGCCUUGGCCUUAUGCCCUUCUCCAUGACCUUGUCCUGGCCCAGUCCUGAGGACGGCCUGGCUUUGCCAGGGCAGAGAGUGGAAGGAAGAGGCUUUAAAAAAAAAAAUCACUGUACUUGGAGAUUUUCUUCUGUGAGAAUAAGCUUUCCCUGUUCUUCCAGCUCUCCGUCCCCCCUCCUGGUAGGAUGUGGGGGGUGGGGCAGGGAAUGGGGACAGUUGCUCUCUUUGUCCCUUCUUCUCCCCUGCACCAGUGCCACCCGGAUGCUUCCUGUCCUGCCCUCAAACUCCUUACUCCUUAGCCAAGUGUGUGUAUGUGAGAGAGAGAGUAUGUAUGCGUGCGCAUGUCUCCUCUCUGUGUGUGUGUGUACAUGCAUGUGUGCAAGUGCGCAUGCACACUUGUAUGUACACAUAAAAUAUAUUCACAAGGGACACCUCUUCCUCAUGUCUGUUUUGUUGGGUCUAGGCUGCCUGAUUGGGUGGCCCAGUCAGGUGAGUCACUAAACACCAGUGUUUUUAAAAAUUGAGAGGAAAUGGCUCAGGGACAAAACACUAACCUGUCAUGGUCAAAGCCCUAGGACUAGACCAACAGCUGUAAAAACCUGUGUUGCUGGGGCUAGGACCCAGGGAUUUGACAAGCACUCUCCCGCUGAAUUCCACUCCAAGACCUGCAACUUUGUUUGGAAAUUUUUCUACUCAAAAGAACCCUUCAGGGAUACUAA